AGGUCCGGAAUUUGGGCCACAUAAUCUCCUCCGCAAUUCCGGCUUCUCAGGAAUAUGCUUCUGAGGAGCAUGUAGUAAAAUGAACCCAAUUCUCGCCUUAGGAACAAAAUCGCUGUUUCUCGCGCUGUCUAAUAACGGACAUAGUCAGUCGCAGAACGAGAGAGUGUCAUUGAACUCUCGUACGUUUGAAUCACACGAGGCGCUCAAGAUGGCGCUCACGCUCCGUCGACGCGCCGCACAGGAGGGCUUCUUAGAUUAUAUGCCACGUGGUGAGGAGUACCCCGCUCCGAAGAUCGCCGAAUCGGCUCCCUGGAGGUGCUGUAAGGCGUUAUCUGAGAUCCGCUCUCCUUCCCCCUCCACGCGCCACUCUUCCGCCAACUUUGCGCGCCACCUCCGCGCGACGUUGCUCCCCGCGAACUACGCCGAGCCUCCGCACGAGCUGCUGCUCCCCGCGGACCAACGAGAUCCCGCCACGUGGCAGCACGAGCUGCUCUCUGCGAUCGGCGCGCCCGCGUCUGCGCAGGUGUUUUCCGCGCGGAUCUGCCCGCGCCUGGUGGUGUUCUGGGCGCUUGCACCUAGCAGCGCGGAGAUCAACGAGCGCGCGGGGAGACUUGCGCGGAUCGUCCACAUUUACGGGGACGCGCUGGUUGUUGAGCGUGACUCAAACGACAGCACCCUUAACGAAUGUGACACUAACGAGAUUGCUGACUGCAAGCACAGUGUCACGGCCGCCGCCGCCGCUCAUUCCAACACCAGGGGGGAUUCUCCCCCUCUGUCUCGUCGCUCCUCUCCUCCUCCCUCCCCUCCCUCCUCUCCAUCCAACUCCUAUCUCCCCGCACUUGCGCUUCCCUCUCCUCCCUACAUCAAAGCCUCACUCCCUCGCCCCAUUCCCGAGGACUCCGCUCCCCCCUCUCCUCCUUCGACCCCUGCCCACUCCUCCCCCGUUCACUCCUCUCCCCCGCGUCACGCUCCCCUCGACUCAUCGCCUGCCUCGUCUCAGAUGAGGACAGCUGGACAGGCAUCCAUAUAUAACCCCCCCCGCCGCCCCCACCUCUUGAGACGUCCCAACGGUCCUCUAUCCAUCGCCCCCCGCCGCCCCCGUCGCUCUGCCUGGCCUCCGUCCUCCCCUGGGACGUCACCGAGCGAAUCCUCCUGUGCCUUUCCUUUGCUGACCUCAUCAGCUGCGCCGCUGUCUGCAAGGCGUGGCGCUGCCACGUCAGCAGCAACCAGCACGUCCUUCUGAAUGUGACUAUAGCGAAGGCCAGAGUGACAUUCGCCAAGCCCUGCCCGCCAACAAGUGAAGGUGCCCUCUCAACAGCAGCAGCAGCAGCAACAAUAGCACCACCAGCAUCAGCGGCAGCAGCAACGCUGCCAGCUCCAGCGCCACGAUCACUAGCGGGAGAAGCAGCUGCAUCUCAAUCACCAUCCACACCACCAUCAAUCAAUGCGCAGCACAUAUAUGAGCACAAUCAGCAGUAUCAACCCAUACACACCCAUGUGCCCUUGCCCCCUCUGCCUUCUUGCCCUUCCCACCACCACCAUCCCCCAUUCCCCCUCCCCACUCACCGCACACCCCUCAACUCUCCAACAAUCACCAUUCGUUACUAUCACCUCCCAGGAUCCCCUCCCCCAGUCCCCCCCUCCCCCUGCCCCCUCCCCCCCUUACUAGUCGUCCGGGCAGCAGAAUCAGGAAACCUGGACGCGUGUGUGAUUACAGGAGAGGUGAUGGAAGCGAGGGGCGAGCAGCAGAGGGCGUUAGAGUGGUACAGGAAAGCAGCUAGGCUGGGGCACCAGGGGAGCCAGUACCGAAUGGGCGAGGCGUACUAUAGAGGGGAUGGGGACUGGCCCAGGGACGAGGAGGAGGCUCUGGCUUGGCUGCUGCGUGCUGCUCGGAAUGCACAGGCUGACCCUGCGCUGUGUGCUGCUGCUGCUCUGCUGCUCGGCUACAUGUACUUGGAUGGGGAGGGCACAGGCAAAGCAAGCAUUCAAGAGGCCGUGAAGUGGUUCAAGAUGGCUCGGGACUUGGGGUGCAAGGAAGCAGAAGUGACCCUUGGGUGGAUGUGGAACACGGGGCAGUACUGAGUGCUGACUGGGUAGUGCUGACAGGGCAGCGCUGACAGGGCCCUGCUGACAGGGUAGUGCUGACAGGGCAGUGCUUCUGCACAACAGCAGUGAAAGCAGAUGCUGAUAGGACAGUACUGGCAGGGCACUGCUCAUAGGGUAGAACUUAUAGGGCCUUCUGCAUAUGGUAGACGUCUGCAGUAGAACAAUUGCAUAUCACUAUACGAUAUCCAGAUAAGCAAGAAGAAGAUACCAU